AUGCUUCUGGGCUUGGCUAAAAGUUUAAAUCCUCAGCCCGUCUGCUCAGGUAUCUCCACGCUGAGUGCAAGGCCUCCGGCCUUCGGAUACAGUGAAAAGAUCGUUUCAAAGGUGAGGAGGCUGUUAGCGGACGACGCUCUGCGUUACACAGGAACGCGGACCCCGUCCUGUGGGCAGUCGAAGCUCGCCGAGCUCACAGCCACUGCCGCGGCCGUCAUCUCGACACCAGCGCCGCCCCUCACAUCGGCGCCACAGGCGAAUUUCCUGACGUCGCUUGCGGCGGGAGCAACGCCACCGACUGCUGCGCUACUGAAUCCCACACCACCUCUCGGAGGUUUGGGCACGCAGCCGCCUGUUUUCCCUGGGAUUCAGGCUCAGGCCUUGGCCAUCCUUCAGGCCCAGCAGCACUUGAACCUGCUUCAAGCCCAACUCGGUGCAGACCUCUCGCGGUGGGUGACGACCGACUACCCAAUGCCAGAGCCAUUCCCGCCGGCCCCGCCCACGGGUGCCAUCCGAGGCUUUGCCGGUGAUGGUCAUGUGCCCACCGUGCCGCCCGACUUUCUGACGCCCAAUCUCGCCCUAUUCCAGGAUGCACCGGGAUUAAGCACCAAUGCAGAGGCCUACUAUCAAAGCGAAGAAGCUUUGGAAGAUCCGGCGUCUGAAGGAUUUGGUUCUGAAGUCCAGCAAGACACCCUCCGGUCCCUCAAAAGGCAGUCCUGCACAUCUCUGACGUCCUUGGCCUCGUCCAUUAAUUUCGAACUUCUCCGAGCCGUUCCGGUGCAGUUGGUCCUCGAAGGCCUGGGGAAGCACUGGAGCCAGAAACCGAGUGCGGAUGACUACGGCCUCAGCCGGCGAGUUCAUGCCAUUGAUGUGUUUUUGAGCCACGACUGGGCUACGAGUCGAUGGUUGAAGGUCGUGACAUUGCUGGUCCACUUUAACAGUGUUCCGGCAGCAGUGGCAAGCUUGCUCAUGUGCCUGCUAGUCUGCCUUCUCAUCAUUCUCAGACUUUUAGACGGCUGGCUCACUGGCACCCUUGCCAUCCAUUGUACCUACUGGCUUGUCUUUGUUUUCUGGCAGCAUCUCCGGGGCUUCUACAAAAAGAAGAUGGUUUUCCUGGAUCGGCUUUGCAUCGCACAGCAUGAUCCACAAUUAAAGAAGCAAGGGAUCCUCGGCUUGGGCGGCUUCCUGGCGAAAUCCCAGAGACUUCUGGUUCUGUGGAGCCCACGGUACUUCACACGUUUGUGGACAGCCUUCGAGCUAUCCGCAUUCUUGAGACAUGAUGAAGCAGGGGCGAAGAAGAUCGACUUCGCUCCAGCAAGCAUGGGGCCGUUGCUUCUCUACUUCUCUGGAUUUGAGACGCUGCUUAUCAGCAGCUUUCAUAUUCUCAUGGUCCAGUUUGUGAUGACCUUGCUGGGGGAAGAAAGUGUCCUGCCGGAGCAAGAAGGCAAUCUGUCGCAGUUCACACUAGCUAUGCUCGUGAUCUGUGCGCCAGCGUUCUUCGUGAUUGCACCAGUUGUCUUAUACCUUGGCACAAUGCAGAUGAACGCCUUGCUCAAGCUUGGGAAGCAACUGGACAGUUUCGAGAUUCGGGCUGCAAAUUGCAGCUGCUGCCAGGUGGACCACUGUCACCCUGAAACUGGCGAAGAGCUACUGUGCGAUCGGGAGCUGGUGUUCGAAACGCUGAAGAGAUGGUUUCCAGACGAGGACUUCUCGAGUGCAAAUUUUUACAAAUUUGACUCCAUGGUGCGCCAACAGCUCGGUGGUUUCGUGAAGAGCAUUUUGGGGUCAGGCGCUCCACCUUUGCAGCACGUCAUUGCAAUCACGGUGCAUCCUCUUCUUGGCUUCCUAUGUCACUAUGUCUACUUGGCCGUGCAUGACUACUUUGGCUGGACGGCACUUGGUUGGAUGAUAGGCUGGCUACAGGCGCCGCCCAUGGUGUAUCUUGCCUUCUGGGAGUUUUUGCAAUGUUGGAGGUUGGGUGCAAGAUUUGGUGAUCGUUACCCGCUUUGGCUCGUUCUCUCGCUUGGCAUGAGUGCGGGCAUCGCUUUCAACGUUGCGGUGUGGUUGCAGUACAAUAUUUUCAAGUAUUAUUUUGGCUAUGAUUUCAAUUGGCCUGUACUAGGUUCACUCGUUCUGAUGUGGGCCGCCCUCGUAGCCGAGGAGCCCGAGCUGGAGAAGCCCGGUGCUCUCCACCAGCUCAGUGGCACAGUGUUAAGCCGUCGAGUGGCUUCGAGGAAGUUGGCCUUCUGCACCCUCAAGGUCGAUGGGGGCCAAGCAUCACCAUCUUCCCAGGAGGAGUGGCCUGAAAUCAUGGGCCUCUGCUUCUCCGCCGGGCUCAUGGAAGCCGAGGGAAGCUGGUCUCCGGCUCCGGAGAGGCGAGGCGACAUCGCGGUGGGCUCCCGUUUGGAGGCUGUGGUCGGCUUGGCCCCUCGUUACCGGCCCGAGCCACUGGUGAGGCGCUGGCGUCGCCUGGAAGAUCGGGACGAGGCUCCGUCCCCGAGUCCGGGCAGUUACGAUCUGUCCCUGCACCUCGCGAGGCGUGAUGAGGCCAAUCGAAAGGCCAGAGAGGCCUUGGCGGCAGUGGGCCGAGAGCCCCAGUUGUGGCGGUUCAGAAAACUGGAAGUUUCCGAAAAUGGGGGACCCCAAUAUAGUACCCUAAAUAAUUAG